UAAGAACUAGUACAAAGUACAAAGUUAGGGCAUGUUUAGGACUGUUUGUGUGUGUGCUUUAGAUAAUCCUAUCCUUACUUGCCAUUGUGUUUAGAAAGUGUAAUCAAAGUUAAUGUCUGCAUCUAGCACCUUUGCUUUAUGAUUGUGUGUGAUUUAUUUAUUUAUUUUUUAUUUCACAGGUUCACCGUCUACAUCAUACAUAUUCAGAAGGCUCUAUAGAUUAGGUGCAGGGAAUGUGGAGUUGUAAGGGGUGCACAGAAACUGUAGCAAGUAGGUCCAAGCUUUUGCACCACAGCAGAAGUUAAUUUUUGCCCAACAUACCCAUCAGCAGAAACUGAGGACAGUCUAGAAGCCAUGCGGAAAGCUUUACUCUUGGAUGUAAGGAAGAGGAACAACCGAGAGGUUGUCAAGCUCAACAUGGAAAAGACUUUCGCAUUGAGAAGACAUGAGGUUGUUCGUGAUGCACCGAUGGUGGAUGAUUUCAUGGCGAGAUGGCCUGCUUUGUUUGAAGUCAGUGAGAUCAACGCUGAAUUCAAGAGAAUCACGACUGUACCACUUCAGUCCAAGUUCUUUUCUCAGGUGGACCUCCACACUGACAACUUGACAAGGCUGUUCCAGAAGAGAGGAGGACAGCUAGGUGAACGGCUCAAAAGAAUCACUGCACAAAUUGCCAAUUGUGAUGAUGUAGAUGCUGGACGAGAGUGCAUCAUUAAAGGAGUCUGUGUCUACAUGGGCGAAGAUCCAGAUAACCUCCUACAGGAAUAUGUGAGCCUGGAUCAGAACACGAUCAACAAGGCCAUUGAAGACACUACAGUUGGUAUAUAUGUUGUCAAAGAACAUGCUUCAAGUGAUGAAGCAGAGGACAUUGGCAUUGUUCUUGAAGGCAUCAAGGUGUUACAAAACCUUGAUAAUGUAGCAUUAGGUGUUGCUGUUUUAUUUGGAUUGAUGUAUGCGCUGAACCUCAGCUAUCCUGCUGACCUCCGCUACACUUUUGAGGUAAUUCAAAAGAUCUGGAUGGAACUGGAUCGAGGGAAACUUUCCAACAGAGCACUUGCUCUGAAAAACAGGCUCCAUCAGUGAACAGUUCAGACUGGAUUGACUGCACUUUUUUAAAGUUUUGUUUCUCAGUGACAAGUUUAUGCAGGAUUUAUUGCUUUUUGUUUACAAACCUGUUACUGUUAUUAUGUUCUAUUUGCUCUUGAGGAUGCACUGGAUGCUCAAGCUCACAUUAUAUUUUUGAAUGUACUGUGAUAGGUUCAGAUUAUCUGCUGUGAACCUGGUACUCUGAAAAAAGUUAGAUUAUUUGUAAGAUGAAUCCAUUGCACUUCAUGCAGAAUUUACUUUUAAUUCAUUUUUGUUGU